CCUUUGAAUUGUUAAGAUGAAAGUAAAAAAUCACUACUGGUCAUUACCGACAUUAGGCAGCUUGAGUCUAGUGAAAGCUGACAAUCGGAUAAAUAUUGGCUUGGCCUUUAACAUUUGUAAUGCAUACAUUGGACCUGAUCUUGCCUAAGUAAACGCUUGGAACUACAUACAACUAUCUAAUCUCCACUGUCUGGUCAAUAUUUUAAAAUUUAUCCUGCAACUUGUGAGCAAUAACUUUAAUUUAAGAUGGAAGCAUGCUGAGAUGUACUGUACUAUUUCCUAAUCUGUUAGGAAAGGCUUUCAGUAACUCCAGUAGAGUGUUAUUACCUGCCCUUUGUACAAAUUCACCACCAGGUGGCAGGAAGAUGGCAGCAUCACGCCAGUACACAACCAAGGCGGUCAUAUUUGAUAUGGGAGGAGUUAUAGUUCCGCCACCAUUUAAAAUGUUUGAAGAUUACGAGAAAGAGAAAAGUCUGCCACCAAAGUCCAUUUCACGAAUAAUAAUUGAGAGUGGCAGGCAUGGAUCUUGGUCCAAGCUGGAGUCUGGCGAGCUCUCAGUCACCCAGUUCUUUGAUGUGUUCCAGAAAGAGUACUUUGACUCGACUGGGAGGAACAUUGAUAUGGCUGAGUUAUUUAGGGGAUUCAGUAAGUACAUGGGCACUCCCUACCCUCAGAUGAUCGAUGCGGUUCAAUGUGUGAAAGCAGAGGGACUGAAGACCGCCCUCCUCACCAAUAACUGGCACUGGCCGGGGAAGGAUUCCUCCAAUAGUCUUCCUCUUGACCGCUCUCUAUUUGAUGUGAUCGUCGAGUCAUGUGUUGUGGGGAUGAGGAAGCCAGACCCGCGGAUAUAUGAACUUUGUUUGAAGGAGCUAAAUGUGGCUCCACAGGAAUCUGUCUUCCUUGACGACCUUGGUGGCAACCUCAAAGCAGCCAAGGCCCUAGGUAUCAAUACCAUUAAGGUGUCAGAUCCUGAUGUAGCGAUCCGAGAAUUAGAACAGUUUCUUGGUCUGCCCCUCCAUGGAUAUGUGCAGGGCACCAUAGCCGUAGCAGAACACCUAAAGAUUCCAAUGGACAGGCUGGAAGACUACCUCAGAAAUGUUCUCCACAUCCAAUCUACAGAACCUCCUCAUAUCCGCUGUUUUGAGCAUGGCCAGUCCAACCCUACAUACUAUGUAUCUUAUGGAGGCAAACAGCUUGUCCUUCGCAAAAAGCCACCAGGGAAGCUACUACCAUCAGCCCACGCUGUGGAAAGAGAAUUUAAAGUGAUGCAGGCUCUAGGACAACAUGGCGUGCCCAUGCCUAAGAUGUAUGGACUGUGUGAAGACCCCAGCGUAAUUGGGACUCCAUUUUAUGUAAUGGAGUAUCUGAAGGGUAGGAUCUUCAUUGACCGCUCACUGCCUGGUAUGACUAAAGCCCAGAGGAGGGAACUGUACUCGUGUAUGGCGGACACACUCUGUCAAAUUCAUCGAGUGAACAUCAGUGCUGCUGGUCUCGAUGGCUUUGGAAAGAAAGGUGAAUAUUUAAAGAGGAACUUCAGCAGGUGGUCACGUCAGUAUGAGGCCAGUAAAACACGGGAGAUAGAGUCCAUGAACAAGCUGAUGCAGUGGAUAUCUGAACACAUGCCCACGGAUGAACAAGUUACAGUGGUUCAUGGAGACUUCAGACUUGACAACUUGAUCUUCCACCCGGAGAAACCUGAAGUGAUUGGAGUCCUAGACUGGGAACUCUCUACAAUUGGAGACCCAAUAACAGACCUUUUCUCAGCGAUGAUUAAUUAUUACAUGCCAGAUGACUUCUUCAUGUUUGGAGAGACUGGUCAGGUGGAUAUGCAAGCACUUGGGUGUCCAUCAGUGGAAGAGUUCGUUGCAGAGUACAGUCAGAAGAUGGGAAUCCCUCCAAUUGACAACUGGGACUUCUAUGUGGCUUUUGGACUUUUUAGAUUCAUUGCUAUUAUCCAAGGUGUCUACAAGAGGGCCAUUUCUGGCCAAAAAAGUCACCCCAAAUCUGAAAUGGCUGGGAUGUUUGCAGUUAAGAUAGCAGAUGAUGCCUGGAAUCUUAUCUCUAAAAGCAAACUGAAGCCAACUCUAUCACCGACAGGAGGUUCCACCUCUUCCAACCAGGGUAGCAAGAGGAACUACUCCACUUCAGCUGGUAGUGAGAAACUAGGUAUGAUGACCGUCACACCGGAGGCCCUGCCAGAAAGGCCGAAGGACAUUUAUUAUCGUGUGAAAAAGUUCAUCAAAGAGGAGAUUCUCCCACAUGAGGCAGAACUGCUAGAGUUUACCAAAUCUGACAAGAAAUGGGAAGUCAACCCUCUGAUGGAACAGCUUAAGGCAAAAGCUAAGGCCCAAGGAUUGUGGAAUCUGUUCAUGCCUGUAGAGUCGGACCCAAAUGUUAAGUAUGGAGCAGGGUUGACCAACAUUCAGUACGCUUUUAUGGCAGAGGAGAUGGGCAAGUGUGUAUGGGCCUCUGAGGUAUUCAACUGUUCAGCACCUGAUACAGGUAACAUGCAGACCCUGGUAAUGUAUGGUACUGAAGAACAGAAACAGCAGUGGCUAGUCCCCCUCCUCAACGGUGAAAUGAGGUCUUGCUUCGGCAUGACAGAACCACAGGUGGCGUCAUCUGAUGCGACAAACAUCGAGGCUUCCAUAGAGAGAAUGUCGGACCACUACCUCAUCAACGGUCACAAAUGGUGGACAUCAGGUGCCCUCCACCCCAAUUGUAAAGUGUGUAUCUUCAUGGGUAAGACUGACAAGGGAGAAAAUAUUCAUAAGCAGCAGAGCAUGAUCCUGGUUCCUAUGGAUGCACCUGGGGUGAAAAUCAUUCGACCUCUAUCAGUCUUUGGUUUCAUGGAUGAACCAGCUGGCCAUGCAGAGGUGAUCUUUGAAAAUGUGAAAGUACCAUUAACAAAUAUUCUGCUGGGAGAGGGCAGAGGGUUCGAGAUUGCUCAAGGACGUUUAGGUCCAGGGAGAAUCCAUCACUGUAUGAGACUAAUUGGCAGCGCAGAGAGAGCUCUGGAACUCAUGGUCAAACGUACCAUGGAACGUGUGGCUUUUGGAAAGCCUCUCGCUGCCCAGGGUACCAUUCAGGCCGACGUGGCACAAUCCAGGAUAGAGAUUGAACAGGCUAGGCUGCUCACGCUCAGGGCUGCCUACAUCAUGGACAACUUCGGCAACAAAGUUGCGGCUCCAGAUAUCGCCAUGAUAAAGGUUGCUGCACCAAACAUGGCACUGAAAGUGGUAGACCGGGCUAUACAGGUACAUGGGGGUGCAGGUCUGAGCCUUGACUUCCCUCUGGCAGCAAUGUAUGCACACGCACGGACAUUGCGCUUAGCUGACGGACCAGAUGAGGUACACAGGCGCGCUGUCGCUAGGUUGGAAUACCGACGAGCCAGCAAGGUCAACAAGUUGUAAAAACACUUCAGGUUUCCGAGUGAUAGUGUUUGUUAAAAACAAUAUACAUUUAUAGAUGUGUGGAUUAAGAAUAUUGAUUUAAGAAAUUCACUAUCGAGAGAUUUUGUGUAAUCCAUGUUUAUUUAGACAAUGGUAAAUCACUAAAAGGAAGAUAAUUUGUAUUGAUUUAAAGUAAAAUGCAGAUUGUGAUGUUUGUACUUGUGUGGGUGGGGUGUAAUUCGAAUGAAUGUGAUUUGAUAAUCCAGCUGUAAGCGAAAAUAAGAUUUUAACUGGUAGAUCAUUGUAUUUAAAUCUGUGUAAAUUGGAGCGACUGUAUAUCGUCAGCCUGUGAUAUAAAUGGUGCCAGUGUGUAUGGUACCCUAAAUGAAAAGGAAACUUAGAUUUAAUAAUACAAGUGUGAAUGUGAUCAUCAUAUAAUUAAAGUAUGGUAUGACUGUAUGUGUCUAUAAUUAAACUUAAAUGUGGGGCAUUCUCAAUAUAAACUGUCUCCAUGGUUACACAGAACUUGGCAUCCUAUAAUUAAAGUAUGGUAUGACUGUAUGUGUCUAUAAUUAGUUUAAUUUAUAUGUGGGGCAUUCUGAAUAUAAACUGUGUCCAUGGUUACACAGAACUUUGCAACACACUUGAGAUAUGCAUAACUGCUUGUAUCUACGGAAACAUCAUUGAUCAAAAUAUUGUUGAAUGAAAUAGGAAAUUGCAAAUAUAAUGAUCUAAUUUAUAUGCUUUUUUCUACCUAACAUUUUAUAUAAAAUUACACUUUUUGUGCCAUGCUUGCUCUGGAAGAAGUGUCGUAUAUACAGUUAUAUUUUUAUAAGAAACAAAGGCAAUAAAAUUUGAUAUAUACAGAAA